UUCUGGCUAGUAUUGACGGGUGGCGCUUUUAUGGAUCAAUCUGCUGCGUAACCUUUGACCCAACAAGAUGGCGGUCCGAUCGAGCAAGUUCACCAAAAAAGCAACAAAAUAUUCAUUUUUCUGACAUAUAACGUGUUUUAUCUCAGUCAUAAGAUCAGCAGAGGAUCGAUAGUGAGACGCCGACAAUGGAGAAUUAUGAGAAGGGGGAGGUGGUAGCAGUCCCUGAUGACACCCCCACACCCUGGGGAGACGAUGUUCUAGAGAUGAAGGUCCAGCACGGCAGCAAAGUACGGAACCUCAUGGGGUUUGCUGUCAGGAAGUUCAAGGAUGAGACAGUUAGACAAAUUGUGUGGUCAGGUUCAGACAAGGCUGUCUCCAAGACUGUCACUUGUGCAGAGAUACUCAAGAGGAAGUUCAAGAACAUACAUCAAAUAACCAAGAUUAAAUACAAAAUAGUUGAAGAGAUCUGGGAGCCUAAGAUGGAAGGUCUUGACAGGUUGAAGGUGAAGAGACAAAUUCCUGCCAUCUCCAUUCUUCUGUCAAAAGAUGCCGUGGACAAAGAUGAUCAAGGUUACCAGGCUCCUGGAACCUACGACUCUCUGUGGAACCCUGCAUCUCAACAACCCAGGGCCAAACCUGGUAAAAAGAGGGGACCACCCAGUAAUGCUAGAGGAGGGGGGCAGAAGUCUAAAUCCCCCAAACCAGAUGGAACUCCAAGUAACAAGAAACAAGGGGGGAGGGGGCAGAGGAAAGGGGGAGACAGACAGCAGGGAAAGGUACAAGACAGAGGGUAGUACGAGACUUAGUCAUGUAUAAAUUGAUAUUGCAACAUAAAUGUAUAAAUGGUACAUCUGCAUCUGUACAUAGACAUCAUGGUUACCAAAACAUGUCGCAAACUACAAAGUAAGUAGAUGCUAUGCAGAUGUUCAAUGCAUUUUUGUUUGUUAUCCAGGAGUUAUUCUGUUGUAAUCUAGAGUGAUGCAUUAUGGUUUCCAUUCUACUUUAUGUCUCAUCUCUCCAUUGAAAUAACAAUAAAACAAUUUAUAAGAAUUA